UUUUCUUUUUUACAGGGAUUGGUUGUAUUUUCCAAAAAGUUUCAAAACAAAGUGUUGGUUCAUGGCUUUGUCAGCAUUUAUACCACGAGAAAAAUUCCUUUACACAUUUCAACACGUGCUUCCCCAUUACCCCCUGCCUACACUGGAAAGCACAUGCAGAAAAAUGUUACUGACAGUAGAACCGCUAGUCACUCCAGAUGAAUUCCAGGAAAUAACAAAAGAAAUGAAGGAAUUUCUAAAGAAUGAAGGUCCCAUGUUACAAGCUAUACUAGAGAAAAGAGAGAAAACAGAAGACAAUUGGGUUGCCGAUCUAUGGGACAAAUAUGCGUAUUUAGUCAACCGUUCCUCCCUAUUGUAUACCAAUUUCUGCACGGACAGUGCUAUUGAAAAAUCUGACCUUGCUGAAUGUGCUCCAAAAAAGCAGAGUGCUAGGGCUGGCUGUGUUGUAUUCCAUCAUCUCAAAUUUUAUGAAAUGAUUGCUGACAGAAAGGUUAGUAAUGCCAGAGCUUCUCAAACUUUUUUUAGUUUAAGCCAGAGCUUCUCAAAUUUUUUUGCUCUAGACCCUUUUAGUCUCGUAAAAUUUUCCAUGACUUUACAGAAAAAACUUUGUAAAAUUUUCUGCGAUUUUAUAUUAUGUGAUAAAAUUGAAACAUAAGUGGCUCGUUUGUCU